UGCGCCACCGCCCGCUAUAAAGCUGUCCCGUCGGCUGUGUCGGGUCACAGCUUACUGCCCAAUCAGCAACAUGUUUACUAAGGUUAUCAUUGCUUCUGUGGCCAUCGUCACCGUUCGCGCUGGAGCAAUCGCUGCUCCCGCUUACGAUGGAUACGGCCUAGCCGCUGCUCCGGCUUUGGCUGCCCCCGCUUACCAUGGAUACGCCAAUGCUGCUCCCCUGGCUCAUGCUGCUCCUCUAGCCUACGCUGCCGCUGCCCCCAUCGCCAAGGUCGCUGCCGCUCCUCUGGCCUAUGCUGCCGCUGCCCCUAUCGCCAAGGUCGCUGCUGCUCCUAUUGUAGCUAAAGCUGCCAUCGCCUACCCCCCUCAGCCGUACCAGUUCGGCUAUGAGUCCGUCGACGAGUACGGGACCAAGCAGGCCCGUCACGAGGUCUCAGAUGCCUACAAUAAUAAGAAGGGCUCGUACUCGUUCACUGAUGCUCACGGCAUUGCCCGUCACGUUGACUACGUUGCUGAUGCUGCCGGAUUCCGUGCUACCAUCAAGACCAACGAGCCUGGAACUGCUCCUUCGGCUCCGGCUGCCGCCCUCUACAACGCUGCCCCAAUCGCCGUCAAGACUGUUGCUGCCGCCCCUAUCGUGAAAGCUGUGGCUGCUGCCCCUGUAGCCGCUUAUGCCCAUGCCCCUGCCUACGGCCACUACGUAGUUAUCGCCUCGAUAGUUAUAGCUACUGGACAUGUCGGAGGGCAAGUUGCUCCCGCCUACGGAUACGGCGGCGGACAUGAUAUCGCCGCUGCAUCAUACGGAUAUGGUCACGCCGCGCCUUUGGCCUAUGCAGCCGCUGCCCCCAUCGCCAAGGUGGCUGCCGCUCCUGUUAUAACCAAGGCCGCUAUCGACUAUCCCCCUCAGCCAUACCAGUUUGGCUAUGAGUCCGUUGAUGAGUAUGGCACCAAGCAGUCCCGCCACGAGGUUUCCGAUGGCGACAACAACAAGAAAGGGUCGUACUCGUUCAGUGAUGCCCACGGCAUUGCCCGUCACGUUGAGUAUGUUGCCGACAAACUCGGUUUCCGCGCCAGCAUCAAGACCAAUGAGCCUGGAACCGCUCCUUCGGCUCCUGCUGCUGCCCACUACCACGCCGCCCCGGUUGCUGUGAAGCCUAUUGCUCCCGCUCCUAUAGCCACUUACGCCCAUGCUCCAGCCCAUGGAUCUUACUAAAUGCUCUAGUCUCUUUUUAGAUCUAUUGCCUUUUAGCGGCACUGCUCAAUAGGUAACUUUCUUCUUCGUUAGAAUUCUGAGCUUAAUAAAUUGUUUCUAGUUAUAUGUCGAACA